AUGAAUAGGAUUGAUACCCACUGUCACGUAGUGCCAGAUGGCUGGAGAAAAAGUUGCGAAAAAUAUGGGUGGGGGAAGCCUGAUGGCAUGCCUGCAAUACCCGCUUGGAGCCCCGAAAGCCAUAUUGAAUUGAUGGAUAAAAUCAACAUCUCAAAGUCAAUCCUUAGCAUCACGUCCCCAGGAACGUACUUGAAAGCCGACGACGACGAACUGGCAAAUCAAAUUACUCAAGAGACCAAUGACGAGAUGGCAGAGAUCUGCGCCAAGUAUCCCAGUCGAUUUGGAUUUUUUGCUUCCCUCCCGUUACCGGACGUGGAAGGUUCACUGAAGGAGAUCGACAGGGCGCUGGAUACGCUUGGCGCCGCUGGUUUUGCAAUCAUGACGAAUGCGCAUGGCUAUUACCCCGGUGAUCCCAAAUUGGAUCCUGUAUUUGCAAAGCUGAACGCGCGCAAGGCCGUCAUCUUCAUGCACCCAACUGAAUGCUGUACGCCCGGUCAUGCCGACGUGCCUAAACCGUUGGACAAGUACCCAACCCCCAUGAUGGAAUACUUUUUCGAUACCACUCGGGCUGUUGUCAAUCUUCUUCUUAGCGGAACUGUGACCAAAUAUCAUGACCUGACAUUUUUGGUCUCCCAUUGCGGUGCGACUAUUCCACCACUUGUUGAACGUUUCACUGCAUUUGCGACUACUAUUCUGGGACAAAAAGAUUCACUGUCAAGCACCCAGGUGAAAGAGCUCUUUCGAACGCGAUUUUACUUCGACUUGGCAGGCUUCCCGUUCCCUGACUUGAUCCAAGGAUACUUGACCGUUGGUGAUCCUGGCCGUCUGCUGUAUGGAAGCGACUAUCCAUAUACACCAGAGAAAGCUACUAUCUUCCUGAGUGGAAGAAUGGACGAAGGUCUGCAGGAGCUUUUUGACGAUGAUCUGAUUCAAAAAAUCUAUUCGGGAAACGCACGGGAGAUAUUGAAACUCUAG